UGCACCAUGUGGGUAGCUCCCUGCCCAGGGAUUGAACUUGUGCUUCAGUGGCUGUGGAUAGCUUCAUAGGUUGCAUCUUAACCCCUUGAGCCACCAGGGAGGCCCUCUUUGCCUUUCUAAAGCUAGUCUUGUAUGGGAGGCAAACUUUAAUCAAGUAAUCACACAAAUAGAACCUAAUAUUGAAACUGAAUAAGUGCUGUGACACUUGCAUUUGAUGUUUUGAAUGCUGUAGGAGGAUUUAAUUUAGUAAAAUCGGUUAGUCUUUUGGGGAGGUAAUUCUUGUGAUCUGACAGGUACUGGGAGUCAGGGAAGAACGAGAUAGGAAGAAAUAGCCUUUGCAAAAGUCUGGUGACCUGAGGGAUACAUGGUCACUGAAAGAAAUGAGCACGAAGAGGGCCUCCCCUGGUGGCGCAGCAGUUGAGCGCUGGGUUGCGAGGCUGCCCGCAGCCUCUGCAGUGCCAGUUCAAUCCCCGGCCAUCGUCGAGGGUCCCACAAAAAAAAGAAAAAAAGAAACAAGCAUGAAGAGUGUUGUGAAGUGAGGCAGGAGAAGGAGAUGUGCUAAAUCAUGCAGGGCCUUAGAGUUGUAUUCAUAUAAGUAUCCUCUACUAUCAGAAAACUUUUUUAGUGGAAGUGGUGUAAAGUGAAGAAGCAAUUGUCAUUAGUUUACAUGGAACAUUUUUGGAGUGUUUCCAGACCCAAAAAGUAACCUUCCAAAACAUUCCAAAUAACACAUACUAACAUAUAAUAAAAGCAGAAAUGAUAAGAUAAAUAUGUAGCCUGUAUAAAGUAAUCCCAGCUAAGGAGCUUGAUGGUGCCACUUUUGCUGCUCUUGGUGCAUGCUGCCUGUAUACUUGCUCACUGCAAAACAAACACCAUUUUCACUUUUUAUUGUAAAAGUGAAAAUUCCCUUUGGAUUUCUUUGGGCUAGUGAAAACAAGUACUUAACUUCAGACUUUUGUAAAAGUAAAGUGACUUUUGAAAAUUCCCUUUGGAUUUCUUUGGGCUAGUGAAAACAAGUACUUAACUUCAGACUCAUUUUGAAAAGUGGGGGGUGUUUGUCUUCUGAGAGCACUUGGAAGUCAUUAGAAUAUUUAAGUCAAGUAGUAAUGCAAUUAGCUUUAUAUUUUCAAAGGUUCAUUCGGUUAAUGAGAUUGAUUUGAAAGGCAAAAGUGGAUAGAAGUAACGGAGUAAUCCAAGUAAGAAAUAUUGGCAAAUGGUUGUAGAGAGAGAAGUGGUCAGAUUCUGGAGAAUCUUAGCAAAUAAAAUGGACUGGAAAGGUGGAUAGAUACUAGAGUUCCAAAAUGGGAAGUAGGAAUCUGGAGCUCAUACCUGAUGCCUAGGCUGGAGUUAAAAAUAAGUGAAUUUCAGUAUGACCACUAUGGCCUGAGUUGGAUCCCCGCCAGGGAGCUAACCUACAUAUGGCACAGCAGACCUCUCCUAUCUUGCCUGCUGUUCCCCUUAGCAGUGAAUUUCAGUAAAUCUGCCUGUUCUGCUCCCCACUCUGUUUCUGCUGAAUCCUCUCCGCCCCCUCCCCACCGCACCUCUGGCCUACACCCCAGUUCUAUGCAAAAAAAAAAAAAAAAGUUUAAAAAAGCCUUAAAGAAAAACAAAGUGAGUCAUCUAUUAAUGAUUCCAUGUGGAUGAGUGAAGGAGGGACAAGGGGAUGGACUCUUAGGUAUUUCAUGAUCAAGCUAGAGGAAGAUGAAUCUGCAGCCAACCCAGAAGAAAUGUCCAGAAAGUGAGGAAAGCUAGAGGAAAAGAUGGAGGAACAGCAGGAUGGCUUGAUUGAUCUCUCAGAUUAUGAACAUGUAGAAGAUGAAACCUUUGCUCCUUUUCCACCUCCGACUGAGAGAGAAGAUGGUGAAGAAACGGAAGCUGAUAAAGAGUCAGGGAGAGGAGCACCUGUUCCUGUUCCUCCAAAGAGAACAGUUAAAAGGAAAAUACCCAGACUGGAUGCUCAGAGAUUAAUUUCAGAGAGAGGACUUCCAGCAUUAAGGCAUGUGUUUGAUAAGGCAAAAUUCAAAGGUAAAGGGCAUGAGGUUGAAGACUUGAAGACUCUAAUCAGACACAUGGAGCACUGGGCACAUAGGCUAUUCCCUAAACUGCAAUUUGAAGAUUUUGUUGACAGAGUUGAAUAUCUGGGAAAUAAAAAGGAAAUUCAGACAUGUUUAAAACGAAUUCGACUUGAUCUUCCUAUUGUACAUGAAGAUUUUGUUAGCAAUAAUGAUGAAGUGGGGGAAAAUACUGGCCAUGAUGGAACGACUACUGAAUUAGAUCCCUUUUUGACAAGCUCAUUUCAAAGUGAGCAGUUUGCUUCCGAGUCAAGUAGAAGUCUAACAGAAGAGCAACAACAAAGAAUUGAGAGAAAUAAACAGCUGGCCUUGGAAAGAAGGCAGGCAAAGCUACUGAGUAAUGGCCAGUCACUAGGAAAUGACUUAUUCAUGAAAACAUCUACUGCUCAAGCAGUUGAAGAGGUUAAUAUAGGUGAGAAUCAACAGGAGGAAGAGGUUAAUACAGGUGAAGAUCAACAGGAGGAGUCAGAUGGAUUUAACAAAGACAUUCUAGACAGUCCACAUAAUGCUGCUACUGCCAAUACUGCAAAUGAAGAGGAGGAAUUAAAAUUAGAGGAAACACAACCAGACUAGUCCUUUUAAAAUGUGCACUAUUAACUUUACCCAUAUAUGUCACUGAGGUUAUAGGCCUCCACUAAGAGAAAGUCUAUUAAUUUCCUGUUCUCCAAGUUUGGGAUUACCAUGUAUUUUGUCUACUUUGAGUUAAAAUCUUUAUGUAAUAAAAUUUUUGCAAAUUUCUUGUUUAAAAUCUGGUAUUAUCGCUUAUUACCUUUAAGUAAACCUGUUUUCCUUAGUAUUUAUAGGUAUGAUUUCAUAGAAGUGACUGGUAGUUACUAAGUGUGCCACUGUAUACUUUAAAUUGGAUGGUGUGUUAAGAUGUAAAUAUAUGUCUUUUUAAAAAAGAAAUA